AUGAAGCUCUCACGCCUCCUGCAAUUGCCGGCCUUCCUAGCCGCUGCGACGCUGGCCCCGGCAGUGUUUGCCGAGCACACGAGCAACUGGGCCGUCCUUGUCUGCACGUCGCGAUUCUGGUUCAACUAUCGCCACCUGGCCAAUGUGCUCUCCAUCUACCGUACUGUCAAGCGCCUCGGCAUUCCCGACUCGCAGAUCAUCCUCAUGCUGCCCGACGACAUGGCCUGCAACCCGCGCAACGCGUUCCCCGGAACAGUCUACAGCAACUCGGACCGCGCCGUCGACCUGUACGGCGACAACAUCGAGGUGGACUACCGCGGCUACGAGGUCACCGUCGAGAACUUCAUCCGCCUGUUGACCGACCGCGUCGGUGACGAGAUGCCUCGCAGCAAGCGCCUCCUGACCGACGACCGAAGCAACAUUCUCGUAUACAUGACCGGCCACGGCGGCAACGAAUUCCUCAAGUUCCAGGACGCCGAGGAGAUUGGCGCGUUUGAUCUUGCCGAUGCGUUUGAGCAGAUGUGGGAGAAGAAGAGAUACCAUGAGAUCCUCUUCAUGAUCGACACCUGCCAGGCCAACACCAUGUACAGCAAGCUCUACUCCCCCAACAUCAUCGCGACCGGCUCCUCGGAGCUCGACCAGUCGUCCUACUCUCACCACGCCGACAACGACGUCGGUGUCGCCGUCAUCGACCGGUACACGUACUACAAUCUCGAGUUCCUCGAGUCGCAAGUCCAGGACCUGAGCUCCAAGAAGACGGUCGGCGAGCUUUUCGACAGCUACACGUACGAGAAGAUCCACUCCCACGCGGGCGUGCGCUACGACCUGUUCCCUGGCGGCGCCGACGCUGCACGCAGCCGCCGCAUCACGGACUUCUUCGGCAACGUGCAGAACGUUGAGGUCGACGGGGCCAAGAACAUGGCCCUCGAUGAAGAGUUGCUGGAGCUGAGCCAAAAGAUCGCCGCGCUCAAGCGGCGGGUCGAGGAGUCCGACGCCGCGGCGAAGAACGCUUCGCUGGCCGAUAAGGACACCGCCCAGAAGCCCAACGCGAAGGCCCAGGCCAAGAGGGUAAAGAUGGCCAAGCCCUUGACAAACGACAACUGGUGGGAGAAGAAGAUCGUCGGCGCCACCGCUUUAGUCGGAUGCGCCCUUUUGUGGAUCCUGGGGUCGUAUCUCGAGGUCCCGAAGCAGGCGGAAGACGAGAGGAAGAAGACGGCUGGUCAAAACGGUCACCCCACAGUGAAGGCUUGA